UUCAGACCUGAGAGGAUGGCUUCAGAGGGAACAUCUCCACUGCUGGGGCUGGAUGGGGCCCUGAAGCCUGGUGCAGCCCAGUCUUCUUCCUCAGCUCUUCCUUGUUCCCCAUCUGCUCCUGGUCCAGCUGACCAGCCACCCUGGGAGCCAUCUCCACAGCCGCCUGUGUCUUCGGCAUUCUCUCCAGGAAACCCAUUAGUGUUCUCAGCUUUUCCCAACCCACUGCUCAUGACAGGGGAUGGAAGUGGGACUGGCAAGGUCAUCGUCAAGGUCAAGACGGAAGGAGGGGCCGCUGAGCCCUGUCAAACACAGAACUUCAUUCUUACUCCGACAGCCCUCAGCUGGGUUCCCUCUAGGGCCCCCUGUGCAGCUUCUGAGGGCCCUCCACUUCGGCACAUGGCAGCCUCUGAUGGGAAGGUGGCUCUGCCCACCCAGGCUGCUGGAGGGAGCCAGGAGGGCUCCCCAGGCUUCCCUCUUCAGGCUCCUCCACCAGUGGCCCAACUGGCUCCCAUUGUGCCCUUGGACAAGGCCUGGCCAGGGCUGCAGGGGACUAAUGGGGAAGGAGGGUCUUCACUGGGUGAACUUGCCCACACGUCCAAGGGGGUAUAUGAGAACUUCCGGCGCUGGCAGCGCUACAAAGCCUUGGCGCGGCGGCACCUGCCUCAGAGCCCAGAUGUGGAGGCCCUCUCCUGCUUUCUCAUCCCAGUGCUGCGUUCUCUGGCCCGCCUGAAGCCCACAAUGACCCUGGAAGAAGGGCUGCCAAGGGCAAUGCAAGAGUGGGAGCGUACCAGCAACUUCGACCGGAUGACCUUUUAUGAGAUGGCAGAGAAGUUCAUGGAGUUUGAGGCUGAGGAGGAGCUGCAGAUACAGAAGGCACAGAUGAACGGCUCUCAGGGCCAGUCUCCUGCAGUUCCUUUGAAACUGGACCCUCCAGGGUCCCUCACCCCUGAGGUGUGCCAGCAGCCAGUGUACAUCCCAAAGAAGGCUGCCUCUAAGACACGGGCUCCCCGCCGGCGGCAGCGCAAACCCCAAAGACCUCUAGUUCCUGAGGUACCCAAGGAGAUCCCUCCAGAAGCUGUAAAGGAGUACAUUGACAUCAUGGAAGGGCUGGUGGGAAGUCACUCGGACUCAGGGGAAUCAGGCAGAAGGCUUGAAGAGGAAGGACAGCAGGAGGAAGGGGUAUAUCCUGAUGCAAGUCUCCUCAGCUACAUGGAUGAGCUGUGUUCUCAGGAGGUCUUUGUCUCCAAGGUGGAGGCUGUCAUUCACCCUCAGUUUCUGGCAGACCUGCUCUCCCCAGAACAACAGAGGGACCCUUUGGCCUUAAUGGAGGAACUGGAGCAAGAGGAAGGGCUCACAAUUGCUCAGCUGGUCCAGAAGCGCCUCUCAGCUUUGGAAAAGGAAGAUGCGCAAGAACCUCCCAGCUGCAAUGGUGCUCAGUCGGACUCAAGUCCUUCAGUUUCUGAUGAGGAUGAAGAUGGGGAUGGGCGGCCUUGGUCCUCCUCUGGGCCACAGGCAGCUGUAGGCACUGUUCACCUAGGAAAGGCUGCUGCUUCAGGCAAGCAGGCAAGAGAAAUGCCUGGUGGGCAGGAACAAGCCCAAAGUAGGCCUAGUGGGAUGCGCAGGGAUGGGAAGACCCCACCCCCUCAUGGCUGGGAGCCACAGCCAGGACUCACAGCCUCACAGGGAACACAGCCUGCCUUGAGUGUGGCAGGAAGAGGGUCUGGGGAGGUUAUAAACCAAUUGCCUCCGAGUCAGGAUGGCCACCUGGGAGAGGGCAAGGUCCUUGGGGAUGGCCAGAGGGCUGACAGGACUUCAGAAGCUUUGCCUGUUUGCUGUCAGGAAGGGCCCCAACCCACACGAGUCCCCAGUGUGGAUCCUGGGCUCACGGAGUCCGUUGCUGUGCAAGGACAGGGGUUAGAAAAGCAGGGCCUGGGGUUGCAGACAGGACAACAGAUGGAGGUAUCUGGUGAGUCUCCACAGGGGACAGUGCCUUUAGGAAUUUCCCAGGAAGGCUCUUCAGGAGCUCUGUGGAGAGAAGGAGAGCCUCCCACGAUUCAGAAUUAUGACCAGAAUCCUUCCCCUGGGGUGAGGGACCAGGAAAGGGCUCUCAGCCCAGGACUUUGGCUGAGCAGUGAGAUGAAUGCGGUAGGCUUGGAGUCGCCCUUCCAAAUGGAAGAGGUCAUGGAGAGUUUCCAAGAUGGGGCAUGUGUAGUUGUGCACCCAGCAAGAGAGUCCACAGACAGCUUCCCCCUGGGUCAUGGAGAAGCCACAGCACUUGGGAAGGCAGGGAGUGCUGUCGUUCCCAGUGGAGGCACAGAUACCGUAGCUGCUGUAGGAAAGAUAAAUGGCUACAGCUUGCCAGAACCGUUGAUGGAUAACAGCCUGGAGUCGAUGCCCAAAGAAUAUAGGGAACAGAGCCUUGAGACCCUCCAGGAUCCCAGUGAUCUGUGGGCUGACAGUUGUUCCCCACAGCUGGGGAGCGCUGAUGUCUCCACUCUGGAGCCUCCCAAAGAUGCCCUACUAUCUGCAUGCCAUGAGAGUCUUUUUAUCGUGGGUACCCCAGAUGCCUUCCUCCCACAGAUGCCCAGCCAAGACUCAGAGAACAGAGGCAACCCUUUCUCUCCUCUGUUAGAGACGGUAGAGCAUGUCAGCACACUAGAUGUCUCAGAUUACUGUAGCCUCCACCUACGGGCCAGCGAGGAUUUUAAUUCUUAUGACUUCCAAGUAGAGAGGAGGGAAGACAGCUGCCUGUCUAGGUGUGAUGACCUUGUUCUUUUACAGGACCAUCUAGAGUCUUACAUUCCCAGGACUCUGAACUCCCCAUCUUGCCAUAGCCUUGGAGGCACUUCCCCAGGGUGGGAAAGCAAGGAGGCUUUAGCUCUAAGAGAAGGCUCUAUUAGUGAAGCACAUAACUCCCUGGAUGGGGCCAGGAGAAGGGAGGAGGAGGAAGUAGAGGAAGAGGGAGAGGAUGAGCAACUCUCCAACUUUGCUUACCUCUUGGCCUCAAAGCUCAGCCUAUCUCCAAGGGGGUGCCCCCUCAGCACUCAUGCCACCUCUGGAGGUCAGGUCACCCAGACGGCAUCCCAGCUUUCCACCCAGGCACGGGGCUCAGGCCAGCUCCCAUGCCCUGCCACCAAGUCUGAGGGGCAAGGUCUGGCUGGAGGAUCAGUCCCUGCUGUGAAGAGAUCCCAGCUAGGAGUUCAACUUGGAGCCCACGGGGAGAAGCCCCCAGCACUGGGGGUGGCACAGCCUUCGCCGUCUAGGAAGAGACGGGGUGACAGUCAUGCCACAGGCAGAAGGAAGAAGCGGCGCCGUAGCCAGGUGUGA